AUUAAAAAGGAAAAAAAUUUGAAUCAUCAACUUUUAUUUUUUUUUCGUCUCCCUCUCGCCAUAGGACUCCCAAAUCGACAAAGUAAGAAGAUGGAAUUAAAGGAUAUGGAAUCAGAGGAGGUUGGGGUCGGAGGAGAUUGAAUCGACGGAGGAGAUAUGGAAUCAGAGGAGGUUGUGAUUAGAGGCCGUGGCAGAUGUAAACAAAGCAAUUGAGUUGGAUCCUUCACUGACCAAAGUUUAGCUAAGAACAAGUAGCUCAGUGGUUGUGAACUCCAUGCGCACAAGGUUCGAAUCCCACUAUGCGGGGUGCAACUGGGUGCAACUAGGGGAUUUGAUGUUGAUUUCUGCAACCAUACGUAUAAUGGGAUAAUGCCGGGUGGAUGUAGUCCCUAUGAAAAACUCUUUGCAAAGGCUGGACUCCAUUGUUACAAUCUUGAAAAGGGAAAGAAGUUAGAAUUCAAGAGUCUAGUCAAAGUUAACUCAGAAAUCGGUUCACUUUACAAUUCUUAUUCAACAUCCGAGGUGAUGGAUCCUAUCAACAACUCAAUUCACACUUUCCAAACUUUAGUCACGGAUGCAGGGUAUGAGAACAAAGCGCGUUUGAUACUCGUCACAAAAAUAUGCAGGAUCAAGCCUCAAGUGCCAGGCAUUGGAGAUGCCACUGUCUUUUGGGACUUGGAUGCUAUAGAUAACUUCUAUAAAGGUGAUAUGCCAGAUUGGCCACCGAAUGAUGAUAAGUUACAGUUCUAUGAGGUGAAAUGAAUUAGAGUUGCGAGUGCAGAGGCAUAGUAAGAAGAACAAGUGAUGGAAAAACAGGACAUAUGUGCCUUGAAGCAGGGUAAGAUAAAAUUCAGUGAACGAGUUGGGGUAAAUCAGUAUUACAA